AUGUCUCGAUUAAUCGUUAAGAACUUGCCGAACAAGGUGACGAAUGAAAGUCUGAAGGAGAUUUUUAGUCAAAAAGGGGAAAUCACAGACGUGCAACUGAAAUAUACGAAAGAUGGGAAGUUUAGGAACUUCGGCUUCAUCGGAUAUCGGACAGAGGGGCAGGCUGCGGAAGCCCAAGCCUAUUUUGACGGUACCUGCAUCCGUUCAAUGAAGAUACAAGUGCAAGUUUGCACAAACUUGGGUAAUGAAAAUAAGCCGCGAGCAUGGAGUAAAUAUGCGCCAGAUAGCACAGCGUACAAGAAUCUUCAUAAAAACGUAAAUGAAGACAAGAAAACAUUAGUGAAACAAAAAAAAAAACUAGUAAAAAAUAAAAACAAAAUUACGGAAUUGCUCAAGAAGCACAAGGACGAUCCACUUUUCACAGAGUUUAUUGAUGCUCACAUCAAUGAUAACACAGCUUGGAUCAAAGAAGCUCUGCAAAAAACCACCAACAGUGAUGAAGAUAGUGCAGUGGAAGAUGGACAAAUGGAUGGUAAAGAGACGAAGGAAACGCAUGAAACUGCAUCUAAUGAUAAAAAGGAAACAAAACAAGAAGAAAAGAUUGCUAACAAACAAAUUAGUGACUUGGAGUACAUGAAAAUUUUAAUGAAAUGUGUUGGAAAUGAUACUAAAGUAGAUGAAAUCCCACAAAAUGAAGAAAAGGCAAAGAAAGUCAGAAAUAGACCACUGUUUCAUGUUAAAAUAGCUGGCCUGCCGUACAAGACAAAGAAAAAAGACAUAAAGGAGUUCUUUAGGCCACUAGUGCCAUUCACAAUCAGAUUGCCUCUUGGCAAGGGAACGAAAGUAGCAGGGUUCUGCUAUGUUGGCUUCAGGACUGAAAAGGAAAUGAAGAAAGCACUUGCUAAGGAUAAGUUGUUUUUGGGUAAUCAUCGUGUGCAUGUACACCAAUAUGAGGAUAAAGCAAAGAAAGCAGCUGAGGAAGAGGAACAAAGUACUAAGAUAAAGAAUCAAGAAAAAGAAUCCAAUGAAGAAAGUAUUGGCGAAAGUGGCAGCAUUUUUGUGAGAAAUCUACCUUACAUAGUUUCAGAAGAAGAACUUACUAAUCUAUUUGAAAAAUAUGGACCCCUAACCGAAAUAAAUAUGCCAAUAGACAAAGUAUUAAGACAACCAAAAGGCUUCGCAACGGUUACUUUUGUAAUGCCCGAGCAUGCAGUCAAGGCGUAUACGGAACUCGACGGCACAGCGUUUUGCGGUAGAAUGCUACAUCUUCUACCUGCUAAGACAGAGAAAUUGGACAAUGAGAGUGAUGAUGAAGGAUUAUCAUUUAAAGAGAAGAAAGCGAAAAAGCUGAAAGCCCAAGCGAAAUCUUCACACAACUGGAACGUUUUGUUUUUGGGUGCAAACGCCAUUGCGGACGUCGUCGCGGCCAAUUAUAACACCACUAAAGAACAGCUGCUUACCGGCGACAACAAAAACACCAGUGCGGCCGUGAGACUUGCCCUCGGUGAAACUCAGCUCGUAGCUGAAACAAGAGCUUUCCUCGAGAACAAUGGAGUGUAUUUGGAUGCUUUCAAUAAGCCAGCGAAAAAAAGAUCAAAAACAUGUGUAAUUGUAAAAAAUCUACCAGCGAAUACAGACAAAGACGAAAUAAAAACGACAUUUGCAAAACAUGGCCAUAUAGCAAGAUUUCUAAUGCCUAAACACGGCAUUACAGCUCUCGUCGACUUUGUUGAACCAUUUGAAGCUAAAAAGGCGUUUACUAAAUUGGCUUAUUCUCAGUUCAAAGCUGCUCCUUUAUAUUUAGAAUGGGCACCGGAAAAUGUCUUUGUAAAGUCUGCAGAAGUUGUACCAAGCCAGGGGAGUGAUGAGGAACAGGUAAAAACGAGUGUGAAAAAUGAAGAAAAUGAAAUUAAAGCAAGGGCACAUUUGGCAGAUAACGAAAUACACGCAAACGAAACAAGUCAAGAUAAUAUAGAUGAUAAUAUAGACACACGCGAACCAGAAAAUUCAACAACAUUAUUUGUAAAAAAUCUUAAUUUUAAAACUACUGAAGCAUCUUUAAAAUCGCAUUUUUCGAGUUGCGGAAAUAUUUACAAUGUGACUAUAGCAAAGAAGAAGGACCCAAAGGUACCUGGGCAGUUCCUAUCUAUGGGGUAUGGUUUUGUACAAUUUUAUAAAAAGCUACACACAAACGAAGCUCUUAAAUCUCUUCAAGGAUCAAUGUUGGACGGCAAAACGCUCGAAUUAAAACGAUCUGAAAGAGGAAACAUAGAUGAAGUCAAAACAUCAAAGAAAUCAAAUAAAGAUACAACCCAAAAUGGAACUAAAAUACUAGUACGCAACGUACCAUUCCAAGCGAACAGAAACGAGCUGCAUGAAAUAUUCAGGGCAUUUGGUGAAAUCAAAACAUUGAGAUUGCCGAAAAAAUUGACCCCAGGCGCUGAACAGCAUCGUGGUUUUGCUUUCUGCGAUUAUUAUUCUAAGACUGAUGCUAAGACUGCGUUCGAAGCGCUAUGCCAAUCGACCCAUUUGUAUGGGCGACGUUUAGUACUUGAAUGGGCAGACCAGACGGACGAGAUCGAAGACGUUACCAUGCUGCGAAAAAGAACCGCUCAAUCAUUCAACGCUAAAACACCAGGCGGAAAGAAGUCUAGAAAAGCUGCGGUCGAUGUAGAAACAUUUGUUGACGGCAAGAAAUAGCGUCAUUAUAUUUAUUGAAAUGUAUGAUAUUGUUAAUAAAAUU